AGCCGCUCCGUGUGAACGCUAACCAUGGCUGAAGGAGGAGAAGGCGAGGACGAAAUCCAGUUCCUGCGGACAGAUGACGAGGUGGUCCUACAGUGCUCAGCUACAAUCCACAAAGAGCAACAGAAACUCUGUCUGGCUGCUGAAGGCUUCGGAAACAGACUGUGCUUCCUUGAGUCCAUCUCCAAUUCCAAGAAUGUGCCUCCCGAUCUGUCCAUCUGCACUUUUGUGUUGGAGCAGUCGCUGUCAGUACGAGCCCUUCAGGAGAUGCUGGCCAACACAGAGGAGAAGGCUGACGGGACGGCCCAAGGUGGGGGUCAUCGCACGCUACUGUACGGACAUGCUGUCCUACUACGACACUCCUACAGCGGAAUGUACCUGUGCUGCCUGUCCACCUCCCGGUCUUCCACAGACAAACUGGCUUUUGAUGUGGGACUGCAGGAGGACACCACAGGCGAAGCAUGUUGGUGGACCAUCCAUCCAGCAUCAAAGCAACGCUCAGAGGGAGAGAAGGUUAGAGUUGGAGAUGAUCUCAUCUUGGUCAGCGUCUCCUCUGAAAGAUAUCUGCAUCUGUCCUAUGGUAAUGGCAGUCUCCACGUAGAUGCGGCCUUCCAGCAGACACUGUGGAGUGUGGCUCCCAUCUGUUCUGGCAGUGAAGUAGCACAAGGUUUUUUGGUUGGAGGGGAUGUCCUGCGUCUCCUUCACGGUCACAUGGACGAGUGUCUCACUGUUCCAUCUGGGGAACAUGGGGAUGAGCAGAGGAGGACAGUGCACUAUGAGGGGGGAGCAGUGUCCAGUCAUGCCAGGUCCUUGUGGAGGCUGGAGACACUACGGGUGGUGUGGAGUGGUAGUCAUAUCCGCUGGGGUCAGCCGUUCAGACUGAGACAUGUUACCACAGGGAAGUAUCUGAGUCUCAUAGAAGACAAGUCUCUGCUGCUGAUGGACAAAGAGAAAGCUGAUGUCAAGUCUACAGCCUUCUGUUUCAGGUCCUCCAAGGAAAAAUUGGACCCUGGUGUGAAGAAGGAGAUGGAUGGGAUGGGCAUUCCUGACAUUAAGUAUGGUGACUCUGUGUGUUACAUCCAACACGUUGACACCUGUCUGUGGCUUACGUACCAGACUGUUGAUGCCAAGUGUGCCCGCAUGGGUGGAGUACAGAGAAAGGCCAUCAUGCACCAUGAGGGUCACAUGGACGAUGGACUAACGUUGUCUCGGUCGCAACACGAAGAAAGCCGCACUGCCAGGGUCAUCCGGAGCACUGUCUUUCUGUUCAACCUCUUCAUCAGGGGUCUGGACAAACUAAGAAAAAAGGGAAAGAGCUCUACCUUGGAUCUCCCGAUAGAUUCAGUCAGCCUGAGUCUGCAGGAUCUGAUUGGCUACUUCCAACCAGCUGGAGAUCAUCUGGAGCAUGAAGACAAGCAGAAUCGACUUAGGGCUCUAAAGAAUCGGCAGAACCUCUUCCAAGAGGAGGGGAUGAUCAGCCUGGUAUUGGAAUGUAUUGAUCGUCUCCACGUCUACAGCAGUGCAGCUCAUUUUGCUGAGGCAGUUGGAAGGGAUGCUGGAGAGGCCUGGAGCUCCAUUCUCAACUCCCUCUACCAACUACUGGCUGCACUCAUCAGAGGAAACAGGAAGAACUGUGCCCAGUUUUCUGGCUCGUUGGACUGGCUGAUUAGCAGAUUGGAGCGACUGGAGGCUUCUUCUGGUAUAUUAGAAGUGCUUCACUGUGUGCUGGUGGAGAGUCCUGAGGCACUAAACAUAAUCAAAGAGGGGCAUAUCAGAUCAAUUAUAUCUCUGCUGGACAAGCAUGGUCGCAAUCACAAGGUUCUAGACGUGUUGUGUUCACUGUGUGUGUGUCACGGCGUGGCAGUGCGCUCUAACCAGCACCUUAUCUGUGACAACCUGCUGCCAGGAAGAGAUCUGUUACUGCAGACCCGCCUGAUCAACCACGUAAGCAGCUUGCGUCCCAACAUCUUCCUUGGUGUCAGUGAUGGUUCUGCUCAGUACAGGAAAUGGUACUACGAGUUGAUCGUGGAUCAGGCAAUACCAUUUGUAACAGCAGAGGCCACUCACCUUAGGGUGGGCUGGGCCAACACCAGUGGCUAUGCACCCUACCCCAGUGGAGGGGAGGGUUGGGGAGGCAACGGUGUGGGUGAUGACCUCUAUUCCUAUGGCUUUGAUGGACUUCAUCUUUGGUCAGGCUGCAUUGCACGAACAGUUAGCUCACCCAAUCAGCACCUUCUGCGAUCGGAGGAUGUGGUGAGCUGCUGCCUGGACCUCAGCGUCCCCAGUAUCUCCUUCAGGAUCAAUGGCCAGCCAGUUCAGGGCAUGUUCGAAAACUUCAACUCUGACGGCCUCUUCUUCCCUGUGGCCAGCUUCUCUGCUGGGGUCAAGGUGCGUUUCCUACUUGGAGGCCGUCAUGGGGAGUUCAAGUUCCUCCCUCCUCCAGGUUAUGCUCCUUGCUGUGAGGCGGUGCUGCCCAGAGAGAAGCUGAAGCUUGAAGGCGGUCAGGAACAAACUGCAAAUAAAGACUUACUGGGACCCACUAUCACAAUGAGCCAGGCAGCAUUUACUCCUACACCUGUGGACACCAGCCAGAUUGUUCUUCCUCCCCACUUGGAGAGGAUCAGGGAGAAACUUGCAGAAAACAUCCAUGAACUGUGGGUGAUGAACAAGAUAGAACUGGGCUGGACCUACGGUGCAGUGCGAGAUGAUAACAAGCGACAGCACCCCUGUCUGGUGGAGUUCUCAAAGCUUCCUGAACAAGAACGGAGCUACAACCUACAGAUGUCCCUGGAGACUCUCAAAACUCUCCUGGCUUUGGGAUGCCAUGUUGGCCUAGCAGAUGAGCAUGCCGUAGAGAAAGUCAAGAGCAUGAACCUGUCACCAACCUAUGAGUUGUCCAGUGGUUAUAAACCUGCUCCUCUGGACCUGAGUCACAUCAAACUGACCUCCACCCAGGAAGCCAUGGUGGACAAACUGGCUGAGAAUGCACACAACGUCUGGGCAAGAGACCGCAUCCGCCAGGGCUGGACGUACGGCAUCCAACAGGAUGUGAAGAAUCGUAGAAACCCUCGUUUGGUCCCCUACACUCUGCUGGAUGAGAGAACAAAGAAGUCCAACAAAGACAGUCUGAGAGAGGCCGUCAGGACUUUGUUGGGAUAUGGAUACAACCUGGAAGCUCCUGACCAGGACCAUGCAGCACAAUCUGACCUCAGCAAUAUGUCUGCUGAGAGGUUCCGCAUUUUCAGAGCAGAGAAAACCUACUGUGUUAAUGCUGGGAAGUGGUACUUUGAGCUGGAGGUUUUGACAGCUGGAGAGGUGAGGGUGGGAUGGGCAAGGCCAGGAUGUCUACCAGACCAGGAGCUAGGAUCUGAUGACCAGGCCUUUGUCUUUGAUGGUUUCAAGGUCCAGCGCUGGCACCAAGGCAAUGAGCACUUUGGGCGUGCCUGGCAGACGGGGGAUGUGGUGGGCUGUAUGGUGGAUCUGAAUGAGCACACCAUGAUGUUCACACUCAAUGGAGAAGUGCUGCUAGAUGAUUCUGGAUCUGAGUUGGCCUUCAAGGACUUUGAGACUGGCGAAGGUUUUAUUCCAGUAUGUAGUCUGGGCGUGUGCCAGGUGGGGAGGAUGAACUUUGGCAAAAACGUCAGCACUCUAAAGUACUUCACCAUCUGUGGCCUGCAGGAAGGCUAUGAGCCAUUCGCUGUCAAUAUGAACCGGGACGUCACCAUGUGGCUCAGCAAGAGGCUGCCUCAGUUUGUACCUGUGCCCCCCAACCACCAACACAUUGAGGUGACAAGAAUAGAUGGGACAGUGGAGUCGUGUCCGUGCCUAAAGGUCACCCAGAGGUCAUUUGGCUCACAGAACAGCUACACUGACAUUACGUUCUACAGACUGAGCACGCCCAUAGAGUGUGACGAAUCCAGAUCCUCACCUAGCAGCACUGUCUUCUCACCAAAGAGGGAGCUGGAAGACUUUGAAACUGUGUCAGACUUUGAGGUUCUGAUGAAGACGCCUCACGGUCACAAUGGUCCCAACGGACCUGACAGAGACGAAUUCAACAACCACAAAGAUUAUAACCAGGAGAAGCCGUCAAAGCUCAAACAACGGUUCACACUGAAGAGAAACAAACCAGACAACAGCUGUCCCUCAUCUGCUCGUCUGUCAGAGGAAGUGAUGGCUGACGACAGAGAUAGCUACGAAUUCCUCAUGCAGGCGUCUACUCACUACUACUCAGUCCGGAUCUUCCCUGGUCAGGAGCCCAGCAGUGUUUGGGUGGGCUGGGUAACUUCUGACUUCCAUCAGUACGACCCGGGAUUCGAGCUGCACAACGUCCGAACUGUCACUGUUACCCUGGGAGACGAAAAGGGCAAAGUUCAUGAGAGUAUAAAACGCAGUAACUGUUACAUGGUGUGGGCUGGAGAGAGCAGCAGUCCUGGUCAGGGCAGAAACAACAACGGCUUAGAGAUUGGCUGUCUGGUUGACACAACAAACGGUUUGCUGACUUUCACAGCCAAUGGCAAAGAACUCGGCACGUACUACCAGGUGGAGCCCAGUACUAAGCUGUUCCCUGCAGUCUUUGCCAAGGCCACCAGUCCUAAUGUCUUCCAGUUUGAACUGGGCCGUAUUAAGAAUGUGAUGCCCUUGUCAGCUGGUCUGUUUAAGAGUGAGAGGAAGAAUCCAGUUCCCCAGUGUCCUCCACGGCUUCAUGUCCAGUUUCUCACUCCGGUCUUAUGGACUCGUGUUCCCAAUCACUUCCUCAAGGUCUCUGCAUCCAGAGUGAAUGACCGACAUGGCUGGCAGGUCCAUUGUAAUGAACCACUGCAGUUCAUGUCUCUACACAUACCAGAGGAGAACAGGUCGGUGGAUAUCCUGGAGCUGUCUGAACAGACAGACUUAUUAAAAUUCCACUACCAUACCCUCAGACUGUACUCUGCAAUCUGUGCUUUGGGAAACAAUCGGGUGGCUCAUGCCCUCUGCUCCCACGUUGACGAGGCACAGCUCCUGCAGGCUAUCGAGAAUAAGUAUAUGCCAGGCCUGCUUCGUGCAGGCUACUACAACCUCCUCAUUGACAUCCACCUGAGCAGCUACGCAACAGCUCGCCUCAUGAUGAACAAUGAGUACAUUGUUCCCAUGACUGAUGAAACAAAGAGCAUCACCCUGUUUUCAGAUGAGAAGAAGAAGCAUGGCCUGCCAGGCAUUGGACUCAGCACCUCCCUGAGACCCAGAAUGCACUUCUCAUCCCCGAGUUUUGUAUGCGGGGCUGGACCAUCGGGUCGUAACAAUGGCAGCAAUGGAUCAGGAUCAGGAGACUUUUUUCAGUACAGCCCAGAGUUCCCCUUAGAUAUACUGAAAGUUAAAACCAUUGAGAUGCUGACAGAGGCAGUACGAGAGGGAAGCAUGCAUGUACGGGAUCCAAUAGGAGGAAGCACAGAGUUUCUGUUCGUCCCCCUCAUCAAACUUUUCUACACCAUGCUCAUCAUGGGAGUUUUCAAAAACGGAGACCUAAAGAACAUCCUCCGACUGAUUGAACCAUCUGUGUUCUCUGAACGAGAUGAGCAGGAGGAGAUCCGCAUGGAGCUGGAGACUGUGAAGGAUGUGGAAUCUAAGGGAGGAGGAGAGGAUGGUGGGAGUAAAAUGCCUAAAGAAGGCCUGUUACAGAUGAAGCUACCAGAGCCUGUAAAACUCCAGAUGUGUCAUGUGCUGCAGUACCUGUGUGACUGCCAGGUGCGCCACCGGAUCGAGGCGGUGGUGGCUUUCUCUGAUGACUUUGUGGCCUGUCUUCAAGACAACCAGCGGUUCCGCUACAAUGAGGUGAUGCUGGCACUCAACAUGUCUGCAGCCCUCACUGCCAAGAAGACCAAAGAGUUCAGAUCUCCUCCUCAGGAACAGAUCAACAUGCUGCUGAACUUUAAGGAUGAGAAACAGGAGUGUCCCUGUCCAGAAUACAUCAGAGAACAGCUGCUCGACUUCCAUGAAGAUCUGAUGAGACACUGUGGUAUAGAGUUGGAUGAGGAGAGAGGCAUAGACAGCGACAGUGACGCGACCAUACGAGGUCGACUGAUGUCGCUGGUGGAGAAGGUGGCUUAUUUGAAAAAGAAGAUGGCCAGUCUGCCGAAGGAGAAAAAAGACAGAAAACCCAGUACGUUGCAGCAGUUGAUUUCCGAUACGAUGGUCCGCUGGGCUCAGGAGUCGGUUAUAGAGGAUCCAGAGCUGGUUCGGGCCAUGUUUGUCCUGCUGCACCGCCAGUAUGACGGCAUUGGAGGGCAGGUGCGGGCUCUUCCUAAGACCUAUACAAUAAACUCUGUAUCGAUAGAGGACACCAUCAACCUGUUAGCUGCUCUGGGUCAGAUCAGAUCUCUGCUGAGUGUCCGAAUGGGAAGGGAAGAGGAGAAACUGAUGAUCAGAGCAUCUCCAUCUAUGCGAGGAUCUACUCCUCUAGAUGUAGCUGCAGCAUCAGUCAUGGAUAACAAUGAGCUGGCCCUGGCUUUAAGAGAGCCAGACCUGGAGAAGGUGGUGCAGUACCUGGCAGGCUGUGGGCUGCAGAGCUGUGCGAUGCUGGUCCGUAAAGGAUACCCUGACAUUGGCUGGAACCCUGUGGAGGGGGAGCGAUACCUUGACUUCCUGCGCUUUGCUGUCUUCUGUAACGGUGAAAGCGUGGAGGAGAAUGCCAAUGUUGUGGUGAGGCUUCUUAUUCGCCGACCAGAAUGUUUUGGGCCUGCUCUUCGAGGUGAAGGCGGUGAUGGGUUGCUGGCAGCGAUGGAGGAGGCUAUUAAGAUCUCUCUUGACUCCUCCAGAGAUGGUCCCUCUCCUACAUCUGAGAGCAGCAAGACACUUGACAUGCAGGAGGAAGAGGAAGAUGAUACCAUCCACAUGGGAAAUGCCAUUAUGACCUUUUAUGCUGCUCUCAUUGACCUGCUGGGCCGCUGUGCUCCAGAGAUGCAUCUAAUCCAUGCUGGGAAAGGUGAAGCAAUUCGCAUCAGAGCCAUUUUGAGGUCACUCAUUCCCAUUGAAGACCUGGUUGGAGUCAUCAGCAUUCCAUUCUCAAUGCCUAACCUGGGUAAAGAUGGGUCCGUUGUGGAGCCCGACAUGUCAGCUGGUUUUUGCCCAGACCAUAAAGCAGCUAUGGUCCUGUUCCUGGACCGUGUCUACGGUAUAGAAGACCAGAAUUUUCUUCUCCACCUCCUGGAGGUUGGAUUCUUACCAGAUCUGAGGGCUGCUGCCUCUCUGGACACUGUUGCUCUCAGUGCCACAGAUAUGGCACUCGCCCUCAACAGGUAUUUGUGUACAGCAGUGUUGCCUCUAUUGACCAAAUGUGCUCCACUGUUUGCGGGGACGGAGCCAUUCGCCUCACUGAUUGACUCACUCCUUCACACGGUCUACCGCCUGUCCAAAGGCUGCUGCCUUACCAAGGCCCAGAGGGAUUCCAUAGAGGAGUGUCUGCUAGCUGUUUGUGGGAAGCUAAGGCCUUCAAUGAUGCAGCAUCUGUUGAGGAGGCUGGUGUUUGAUGUUCCUCUGCUUAACGAACACACCAAGAUGCCUCUAAAGCUGUUGACCAAUCACUAUGAGCGUUGCUGGAAGUACUACUGCCUUGCUGGAGGUUGGGGCAGUUUUGGAGCAGCUUCAGAUGAAGAACUUCACCUCUCCAGGAAACUAUUCUGGGGAAUAUUUGAUGCUCUGUCACACAAGCGGUAUGACCAGGAGCUGUUCAAGCUGGCGCUGCCAUGUCUCAGUGCUGUGGCUGGAGCUCUUCCUCCAGACUACAUGGAGUCCAACUACAUGGCCAUGAUGGAGAAACAGUCAUCAAUGGACUCUGAAGGAAACUUCACUCCACAACCUGCAGACACCACAAGUGUGACUGUCCCGGAGAAACUGGACUAUUUCAUAACCAGAUAUGCAGAGCACAUCCAUGAGAAGUGGUGUAUUGAAAGGUUUUCCAAUGGCUGGUCGUACGGAGAUCAGAUGUGUGAAAUCAGCAAGAGUCACCCUCUACUGAAACCAUACAAGGGCAUCUUUGAGAAGGAUAAAGAGGCGUACUGCUGGCCAGUCAGAGAGUCUCUGAAGACCAUGCUGUCGUGGGGCUGGAGCAUUGACAGGAUCAGAGAGGGAGACCCUGCCAGCCUCCACAACAAGUCCAGAAGGAUAUCACAGGCCAGUCAGCUGUCUUUUGAAGGAGCUGCAGCUUUCAGCCCAAGACCCAUUGACAUGAGCAAUGUUACACUGUCCAGGGACAUGCAGUCUAUGGCAGAGCUGCUUGCAGAGAAUUAUCACAAUAUUUGGGCCAGGAAAAAGAAAAUGGAACUGGAAGCCAAAGGUGGAGGAAACCAUCCCUUGCUGGUCCCUUAUGACACACUGACUGCCAAAGAGAAAUCCAAAGACAGAGAAAAAGCACAAGACAUCCUCAAGUUCCUCCAGAUUAAUGGUUACACUGUGUCCAGAGGGGUGAAGUCACAGGAGCUGGAUACUCCAGCAAUAGAGAAACGAUUUGCGUACACCUUCCUCCAGCAGCUCAUCACAUAUGUUGACCAGGCCCACCAACACAUGGUGGAGUUUGAUCUUGGAACGAAGCCGAAGGGAGAGAAGGUUCCUCACGAACAGCAGAUCAAGUUCUUUGGAAAGGUUGUCUUGCCUUUGGUGGAUCAGUACUUUAAAAACCACAGGCUGUACUUCCUGUCCACAGCCAUCCAUCCAAUCAGCAGUGGUGGCCAUGCCUCCAACAAGGAGAAGGAGAUGGUGACAAGUCUUUUCUGCAAACUGGGAGUUCUUGUCAGACAUAGGAUAUCCUUAUUUGGUAACAAUGCCACAUCCAUAGUCAACUGCCUGCAAAUACUGGGACAAAGCCUGGAUGCCAGAACAGUGAUGAAGACUGGCCUGGAGUCAGUGAAGGCGGCUUUGCGGUCAUACUUCGACAGUGCGGCCGAGGAUUUGGAGAAGACUCAAGGGAACCUGAAGCUUGGUCAGUUCACUCACAGCAGAGAGCAGCCACGAGGUGUCACCCAAAUCAUCAACUACACCACAUUCGCCCUGCUGCCUGUCCUCUCCUCCCUGUUUGAACACAUUGGACAGAACCUGUUUGGAGAAGACCUCAUACUGGAUGAUGUCCAGGUCUCCUGCUACAGAAUCCUCAACAGCCUCUACUUUCUGGGAACCAACAAAAGCAUCUAUGUAGAGAGGCAGCGUCCAGCAUUGGGAAAGUGUUUAGCUGCCUUCUCAGCAGCCUUUCCUGUUGCCUUCCUCGAGCCUCAUAUCAACAAGUUUAACAGCUUCUCCAUCUAUAACAGCAAAGGAAGUAAAGACAGAGGAGCUCUAGGUCUUUCGGGGCAGGUUGAGGAAGUUUGUCCUCUGAUCCCAAACUUAGAGAAAUCUCUGGAAGAGAUCAUGGAGCUGGCAGAGUCUGGCAUGAGAUAUACUCAGAUGCCCCACGUCAUGGAGGUGGUGCUGCCCAUGUUGUGCAGCUACAUGUCUCACUGGUGGGAACAUGGACCAGAGAGUCACCCAGACAAAGCCGACAGCUGCUGCACCUCUGUGACCUCUGAACACAUGAACACUCUGCUUGGAAACAUUCUGAAGAUCAUCUACAACAAUCUGGGAAUAGAUGAGGGGGCCUGGAUGAAGAGACUGGCUGUCUUCUCUCAGCCAAUUAUCAGCAAAGCCAAAGCCCAGCUGUUGAAGACCCACUUUCUGCCUCUGAUGGAAAAACUCAAAAAAAAAGCAGCAGUUGUGCUGAUGGAUGAAGAACACAGCAAGGCAGAGGGGAGGGGUGAGAUGUCAGAGACAGAGCUUCUCAUCAUGGACCAGUUCACCAUACUGGUCAGAGACCUGUAUGCCUUCUACCCUCUCCUCAUACGAUUUGUUGACUACAACAGGGCCAGAUGGCUGAAAGAAUCCAACGCAGAGGCGGAGGAGCUUUUCAGAAUGGUGGCUGAGGUUUUCAUCUUCUGGGCCAAGUCUCAUAACUUCAAGAGAGAGGAACAGAAUUUUGUGGUCCAGAAUGAAAUCAACAACAUGUCCUUCCUCAUCACUGACACUAAGUGUAAGAUGUCUAAGGGAAUAGUUUCAGACCAGGAGAGGAAGAAGAUGAAGAGGAAGGGUGAUCGCUACACGAUGCAGACGAGCCUCAUUGUUGCUACUCUGAAGCGUCUGCUGCCUGUAGGACUCAACAUCUGUGCUCCAGGAGAACAGGAGCUCAUCACACUGGCUAAGAACCGCUUUACUCAGAAAGAUACCGAGGAUGAAGUUCGAGAGAUCAUCAGGAACAAUCUGCAUUUACAAGGAAAGCUGGAGGACCCAGCUAUUCGCUGGCAGAUGGCUCUGUACAGAGACCUCCCUAACCACUAUGAGGAUAGCUCAGACCCAGAGAAGACCGUUGAAAGAGUCCUGGACAUCGCUCAUGUCCUCUUCCACCUGGACCAGCUACAUCAUCUUAAAUUUUUCUGUACUGAGGGGUUCAGUUUGUGUCUUUAGGUUGAGCAUCCUCAGCGCAGUAAGAAGGCCGUGUGGCACAAGCUGUUGUCUAAACAGAGGAAGAGAGCCGUGGUCGCUUGCUUCAGGAUGGCACCACUCUAUAACCUCCCCAGGCACCGGGCUGUAAACUUGUUCCUGCAGGGCUAUGAGAAGUCUUGGAUUGAGGCGGAGGAACAUUACUUUGAAGAUAAACUUAUAGAGGACCUGGCGAAACCAGGUGAGCUGGAGCCACCUGAGGAGGAGGAGGGGGUGAAACACAUUGAUCCACUGCAUCAGCUCAUUCAGCUGUUCAGCAGAACUGCCCUCACAGAGAAAUGUAAACUGGAUGAGGACAAUCUCUACAUGGCCUACGCUGACAUCAUGGCUAAGAGUUGCCAUGAUGAAGAGGAUGAAGAUGGGGAAGUGAAGAGUUUUGAAGAGAAGGAGAUGGAGAAGCAGAAGCUGUUGUAUCAGCAGGCUCGACUGCAUGACCGUGGAGCUGCUGAGAUGGUGCUGCAAACCAUCAGUGCAAGCAAAGGUGAGAUGGGUCCCAUGGUAGCGUCUACUCUGAAGCUAGGCAUAGCUAUUCUCAAUGGGGGAAACUCAACUGUACAGCAGAAAAUGUUGGAUUAUCUGAAAGACAAGAAGGAUGUGGGCUUCUUUCAGAGUCUGGCUGGUCUCAUGCAAUCAUGCAGUGUUUUGGAUCUAAAUGCGUUUGAGAGGCAAAACAAAGCUGAGGGAUUGGGCAUGGUGACGGAGGAGGGAUCAGGUGAGAAGGUCAUGCAGGAUGAUGAGUUCACCUGUGACCUUUUCCGCUUCCUGCAGCUGCUCUGUGAAGGACAUAACUCAGACUUCCAGAACUACUUGAGGACACAAACGGGGAACAAUACCACUGUCAACAUUAUUAUCUCUACUGUUGACUACCUCCUCAGAGUUCAGGAGUCUGUCAGUGAUUUCUACUGGUACUAUUCUGGGAAAGACAUUAUUGAUGAGCAGGGCCAGAGGAACUUCUCCAAGGCAAUAAAUGUUGCCAAGCAGGUUUUCAAUACACUGACGGAAUACAUCCAGGGUCCAUGCACUGGGAACCAGCAGAGUUUGGCUCACAGUCGACUGUGGGACGCUGUGGUUGGCUUUCUUCAUGUGUUCGCUCACAUGCAGAUGAAACUGUCUCAGGACUCCAGUCAGAUUGAGUUACUGAAGGAACUGAUGGAUCUACAGAAAGACAUGGUGGUCAUGCUGCUGUCUAUGCUUGAGGGAAAUGUGGUGAAUGGGACUAUUGGGAAGCAGAUGGUCGACAUGUUGGUGGAGUCCUCGAACAAUGUGGAGAUGAUCCUCAAGUUCUUUGACAUGUUCCUCAAACUGAAAGACCUGACCUCCUCAGAUGCCUUCAAAGAGUAUGAUCCUGAUGGAAAAGGUGUCAUCUCUAAGAGGGACUUCCAGAAAGCCAUGGAGAGCCACAAACACUACACCCAGUCUGAGACUGAGUUCCUGCUCUCCUGUGCUGAGACUGAUGAAAAUGAACUCCUGGACUAUGAAGAGUUUGUGGAGCGCUUUCAUGAGCCAGCCAAGGACAUUGGCUUUAAUGUGGCUGUUUUGCUGACCAACCUGUCGGAGCACAUGCCUCAUGACACCCGACUGCAGACCUUCCUGGAGUUGGCAGAGAGUGUCCUCAACUACUUCCAACCAUACCUCGGUCGAAUUGAGAUCAUGGGCAGUGCUAAGCGCAUAGAGAGGGUCUACUUUGAGAUCAGUGAGUCAAGUCGGACACAGUGGGAGAAACCACAGGUCAAAGAAUCCAAGCGUCAGUUCAUCUUUGAUGUGGUGAACGAGGGAGGGGAGAAGGAGAAGAUGGAGCUGUUUGUGAAUUUCUGCGAGGACACAAUCUUUGAAAUGCAACUGGCUGCUCAGAUGUCUGACGCUGGCGAGCGCUCUGCGGCGAAAGAGGAGAGUGAGCGGGAGAAACCAGAUGAGGAGAACCCAGAGAUGGGCUUCUUCUCCGUUACCACUGUCUGCAUGGCACUGCUAGCUCUCAGAUACAACGUCAUGCUGCUAAUAAAGGUGCUGUCCAUGAAAAGCUUGAAGAAGCAGAUGAAGAAAAUAAAAAACAUGACAGUGAAGGACAUGGUGACCACGCUGGUCUCCUUCUACUGGUCAGUGUUGCUGGGCCUCCUCCAUGUGGCGUUCAGUGUAGCUCGAGGAUUUUGCAGAAUCUUCCACAGCACUUUCAUGGGAGGAAAUCUGGUGGAGGGAGCUAAGACCAUAAAGGUGUCAGAGCUGUUGGCCAACAUGCCCGACCCCACCCAGGACGAGGUUCGGGGUGAGGGGGAAGACAGAGAGAAGAGAUCGUCUGACCGCAGCUCCCCGAAGGAGGACCUGGCUGACCUGGCAGUCAACACCAGUGAGACUGAGCUGUUGUCAGACAUUUUUGGUUUGGACUUAAGAAGGGAGGGCGGCCAGUACAAGAUCACCCCCCAUAACCCCAACGCCAGCCUUACUGAACUCCUCAACUCUCCAGUUCCCUCCUCAACCCCACCUGCAUGUUUUCUGUUUCAGUCAAAAAGCUCUUCCUCAGAGGAGAAGGAAGCGACACCAGAGACUGAAUGUGAACCUGAGAAAACAUCAGAAGGUGGACAUGUAGAGAAACCAGUGAAACAACAGAAGAAUGACAUGGUGAAGCCAAAAGUAAGAAGACACCACACCUUGAAGUCUGAUGAACCUGAUCUGCAGGAAUCACCCUUCCUAAAGAAGAUCAUAGCCUACCAGAGAAAACUACUGAACUACUUUGCCAGGAACUUCUACAAUAUGAGGAUGCUGGCAUUGUUCGUUGCCUUUGCCAUCAACUUUAUCCUCCUUUUCUACAAGGUUUCUACAUCCACGUCUGUGAUUGAGGAGAGGGAAGUGGUGUACACCAGCAGCCAACCAGACAGCAGUGAGGAGGUGAUGGAUGAUGCUGGGGAGCCCCUGAAGCCUGUCACAGUCCGUUUUGUCCUGGAGGAGAGCAGUGGCUACAUGGAGCCCAUGUUACGGAUCCUUGCCGUCAUGCACACAGUCAUCUCCUUCUUCUGCAUCAUCGGAUACUACUGUCUAAAGGUGCCGCUGGUGAUCUUUAAACGUGAAAAGGAGGUGGCCAGGAAGCUGGAAUUUGAUGGCCUUUAUAUCACAGAACAACCAUCUGAGGAUGACAUCAAAGGACAGUGGGAUCGACUAGUAAUCAACACACAAUCGUUUCCCAACAACUACUGGGAUAAGUUUGUGAAGAGGAAGGUGAUGGAUAAAUAUGGGGAGUUUUAUGGCCAUGAUCGGAUCAGUGAACUGCUUGGAAUGGACAAGGCUGCUCUGGACUUCAGCGAUGCUCACAAAAAGAGAAAGCCCAGGAGAGACAGCUCACUGACUGCUGUGCUGAACUCCAUUGACGUUAAGUACCAGAUCUGGAAGCUGGGGGUUGUAUUUACAGACAACUCCUUCCUGUAUCUGGCCUGGUAUAUGACCAUGUCCAUUCUGGGUCACUACAACAACUUCUUCUUUGCUGCCCAUCUGCUGGACAUCGCCAUGGGUUUCAAGACACUGCGUACCAUCCUAUCCUCAGUCACCCACAAUGGCAAACAACUGGUGUUAACCGUCGGCCUGUUAGCAGUGGUGGUGUAUCUUUACACUGUAGUGGCCUUCAACUUCUUCAGGAAGUUCUACAACAAGAGUGAAGACGGAGAGCUGCCAGACAUGAAGUGUGACGACAUGUUGACAUGCUACAUGUUCCACAUGUAUGUAGGUGUGCGAGCUGGUGGAGGUAUUGGCGACCAGAUCGAGGACCCAGCAGGGGACGAAUAUGAGAUCUACCGCAUUAUCUUUGACAUCACCUUCUUCUUCUUUGUCAUUGUAAUCCUCUUGGCCAUCAUCCAGGGCUUGAUCAUUGAUGCUUUUGGAGAACUGAGGGACCAGCAGGAACAAGUGAAAGAAGACAUGGAGACCAAAUGUUUUAUCUGUGGAAUAGGUAACGACUACUUUGACACAGUGCCACACGGCUUUGAAACGCACACGCUACAGGAGCACAACUUAGCCAACUACCUAUUCUUUGUGAUGUAUCUCAUCAACAAAGACGAAACAGAGCACACAGGCCAGGAGUCUUACGUAUGGAAGAUGUACCAGGAGCGUUGCUGGGAGUUCUUCCCUGCAGGGGACUGUUUCCGGAAACAGUACGAGGAUCAACUCAACUGACCCAUUCUCAAAGCAACAGACUCUUCAAGGCCCUCUGCAGCCAUCUUCCCUGUGCUUGACCCUCAAAGCUUUCAUACUGCUCUCUGAGGAACCCCGUAUUCUACCAAUCAACAGGUUCUUCUGUCUGAUCCACUUCCCAAUCCAGGAAGAACCCAGAUGUGCAGGCUUCUCUACAGGCCCCACCCUGAGCCGUCCUCAUCCAGUCAGCCAGCUCGCCAGCUCUGCCCCAACUUCCACCACACUUUGGAAUGCUUCUAAGACUUUGUACAUAGAAAAUAUUAAAUAAUAAUGCUGUACAAUAUGUGACUGGUGGAACGCCAAGGUUUUUGGCUCAGAUGAUGACUACUUUGCUCCAUUUUAUUCUACAUUUACACAGUAACAGUACAGUAACAUACAGUAACAAGCAAAAAAUACGAAGGAAUGAUGGGGCAAUGGAAAAAGGAGACCCAAAGAUGAAAGUUGAAGAGAAUUCUUCAUGUAAGCUUUUCAGGACAAUGAUGGAUAGACAGAGAGCAAGACAGUAGUAUGACGAUGUUUACGACUUUUCAUGUGUACAAUGCACGCUUGCAUGUAGGUGCAGGGGGUGGACACAAAACAAACACCUUGACAGUCUCCUACUAAUCCAGCACAGCAGCACUGCAGGAAUUCUGACUUUUCAGAGGCUUACAUGCUCAGCUUUGGUUGACGUUGGCAAAGAGACGCUGAUCUGAUUUUCAGUUUCUGGAAAAUUUAAAGUGGGAAACACAAAAGGUGUAUAAAAAAAGGUGCCUCCAGUACAGUCACAGAGCUCAAUGAACACCUCUGUGAUACAGUGUCAGCAAAAAUGUACAUUCUUCACAAACAGAGCGAUUGUAUUGGAUUGAAUUAAAGUACAGUUUAGAUGUUACCUUUGGGUCCACACCCUGCACAUGCCAACACUGUGUGUGAAGGGCUCCUUAACUAAGUAUUCACAUUGCUAGCAACAUGAUUAUCAAGUCCAUUUUGUUCCAGUAGGACUGAGCAACCUGCAAACUCAGCCAAAGCAUGGACAAGUCAUGAUCCUCCAUCUGCAUAAAAUCUACAGAAAUAAAUAUAUGUCC